UUUGGGAAAAGUGGAAAUACAAUUAUAGAUGAUUUUAUUCGUAAAAAAAAAUUAAGAUGGAUUCCUUAUAAUAAAUUUAAAAAUGUUGAAUAUCUUAAUGAAGGAGGAUUUGGUACUAUAUACAAAGCUAUUUGGUUAAAAAAUAAUGAAAAUAAAAUAGAAGUAAUUCUUAAAUGUCACAAGAAUUUAAAUGAAAAUUUAAAUGAAUUUUUGAAAGAAUGGGACUAUCAUAGGAAUUGUUUAAAUUCAUCACUUGAUAUUGUAAAUUUUUAUGGAUUUACAGAAGAUCCAAAUAUUUCAAAAUAUAUGGUAGUAAUGGAUUAUGCAAAUAAUGGUAAUUUAAGAGAAAAUUUAACAAGAAUGGUCAAAAAUAAUUGGAAUAAAAAAUUAUGUAUGUUGUACAGAAUUAUUUCUGGACUUAGUAUAAUACAUGAAAAAAAUCUUAUUCAUUGUGAUUUACAUGAUGGUAAUAUUUUAAAUCAUAAUGAGAAUAUGAUUUAUAUUAGUGAUUUAGGAUUAUGCCAACCUGUAAAAUCAUUUUUGAAAAAGUAUGAUAUUUAUGGUGUUAUACCAUUUAUGGCUCCUGAAGUUUUAAGAGGCAAAUCUUAUACUCCAGCUAGUGAUAUAUAUAGUUUUUCUAUGAUUAUGUGGGAAUUUACAUCUGGAGUUCCACCAUUUAAUUAUAGAGCACAUGAUAUUCAACUUAUUUUAAGUAUUUGUAAAGAUGGUGAACGUCCUGAAAUUAUUGAAAAUACUCCACAAUGUUAUGUAGAUUUAAUGAAAAGAUGUUGGAAUGAAGAUCCAUUAAAAAGACCAUCUUCUAAAGAAGUAUUGAAAAUUAUUGAAAAAUGGAUUUUCUGUCCUGAUAAUGAUGAAGUCAAUGAUGAAUUAAAAAGCAACAUUAUGGAAUUUAUAAAUGCACCAAUUGGGCAGCAUAACAAUCUUGUUACUAAAUCUCAUCCUAAAGCAUGUUAUACAAGUCGCUUACUUGAUUUUACUAGUAAAAAAUUGAAUGAAAUUCUUGAAAGCGAAGAUUUACAAGCUUAUUAUUCAAGUCAAUCCACUAGUGAAAAAGUAAAUGAAAUUCUUGAAAAUGAGGAUUCACAAGCUGAAGAUUUGGAUGAUUGUAUAGUUAAUUUGAAGUCAUUAGAUAUUAAAACAGAUGAAAAUUAA